AUGUAUCACACCUUGCUGACGUUCUGCGCAUUUUGCGCUCUGCAGACGACGUGCGAAGAACAGUCGUCCUUGUAUCUGGACGAGAUUCGUAGCUUGAGCGAAUUGCCGAUGGAUAAGCUGAUCCAGAUCAAGUCUUCUCUCGCGAGCGAAAACGACGUUACGGGGGAAGAGGAAAACAAGGAGGAAAACGUCGACAUGUCGAGCAGGACAUUUUCGUUAGCAUUGCCGACGGCUCUGCCAUUGAGGCAAAUCACGCAGAAGCCUAUACGUCGAUAUGAGGAUUACUACGACGACAAAGGCAAAGACACGAAGGUCUCGAAGAUCUUCCAGCUCGCGAUAACCGCUCUCUCAUUUCUCGCGUUCGGCGGUUAUCUGCUGACGCUUAUAAUAACGGCGAUUCGUCGUAACACAAACGGCAACGGCAAUGGAAAUGUCAUCGUAUUCUCGAAUCUGCAAAGUCUGCAGAAAUUAAACCGUCCGAAGCGAAACAUUUUGGUGUUCGAUCCGAGGGAGAACAACUUCGAGACGGACCGACUCUACGAAGGGAUGAUCAUGCUUUCGAGAAGUUACGCCUUGUACAAGUGA